CAUUAUGCUAUUAUAUUGUUGCAAAUAUUAAAUUGCAACAAAAAUGUGAAUUUUUUUAACUUUUUAUUGUUUGGAUAUUGCAAAUAUAUGUUUGUUGCAUAUACGUAGCAAAAUUAGCAACAAAUUGAGUAAUUGCUAUAUAUGUCAUAUUAUUGCAACAAUUUUUUUUAUAGCAAUUUUUUUGUAAAUUUACAAUGUAUUUGUGCAACGUUAAUAGUGGCAAAUCAUUGCUACGUUAAACAUAUAGCAAACAACAUAGCAAAUUUGCAAACAAAAAACAUAUUGCAAUUUAAUAGUAUUAAUGCAACAAUGCAUCUAUUAAAUAUUUUGGUAUAAAUACGACGUAUGGUUGCAACUUAAAUUGUUACAAAAUUUGCUAUAUAAAUUGUAGCGAAUGUUGUUUUAAUUUUUUCGAUGCAAUUUUUUUUUGAAUAAUAUGUUUGGUGAAAAUAUUUAGUGAGGAAGGUUAUUACGUGGUUAACAAUUGAUAUUUCAAUAAAAUUAAUAGAUUGUUAAAUGUGUUGCAGUAUUUUGUUAUAAUAAUACUAGAUGGAUUAAAAUAAUUUACAGUAAAUAUAUUUUAUAAUAACACAAAAGCCAAAUAACCAAAUUUAUUAAAUAAACUAAAAUGUGAAAAAGUUAAACAACGCAUCAGAAAUGAUAAUUUGAAAGCUAAAAAAGCUAACAAAAACUUAGAAAAUAACUAAACCAGCCAACUGAGACUUAAUUGUUGACACCCGUGGACAAAAGAUAGCAGCCAGCUCGUGUUUAUGAGGUUCCAGCCCGUUUCGAUCAGAUAUUCGACCCUUAGAAGCUUUUUAUUUAUUUAUUUUUCCUUAGCUUUGUCUGUUUCCCAGUAGGCAACCAAAUCUUUGUAGAAAUCAUCAAGGAUCCAAUAUGGCUGCUUACCUCUUUCUUUUACUCGGCUAAUCAUAUCUAUCAGAUUUGUUGCAGCACAUUUGCAAAACAUCUUUCGCACCUCAGAUUCAACGAAAUGAUUCCAAGAGAACUUGCUCUGAGAAUGUAUUAUAAAAGACAAGUUAGAGUGCUAUAGAUUAGACUAAAACUAUAUUUGCCAUCCGGAGAUGAGUUGCUCCUUGGUUGGGCUGCUUCUUGAUUAUGUCCCUCAUUUUCCACAAUGAUCCAUUCACUUUGGAAGGAUUAAGAACAUAUAAGACAUUCAUUGGUUGGGCUGCUCCUUGAUUAUGACCCUCAUUUGCCAUCUGGAGAUGAGUUGCUUUCAAAGAACUACGUGUAGGAGUUUACUAAAUUAUUAACAACACUGUAGUUGUGCAUCAAAUCAAACAAGUAAUAAAAGGGGAAUAUGCUCAACAAAGAGGGUGUCCACAUCAGCAGAUUAAUUCGAACCAAUCAGAUUCUACAAAUAUGCCAUGUCAGCACGACUUUAAAAUUUUUUGAAACUUUAGAAAAUCGUUUAUUUCCAGCCCAUUAUAUUAUAGAUUCGGUGGGCCAUUUAUAACCUAUCUUAUACGUUUUGUUUAAAGUGGCCGAGACCCAAGUUUAUUAAACCCCUAUUCUGACCCAAAUAUGCUUCUAAGUCGCCUAAUCGUCAUCUUCAUCUUGCAUCUAGGGUUUCUGCACUGUAGCGACUCACCUCGCUCACAUACGUAUCCAUUUCCACUUUCUUCACUAAAUUCAUCAACUCUUCAUCUUCCUUUGUCUCUACAUCUUCCAGUGUUAACUCAGACCAUCAUUAAUGAUUUCAUUUGAUCCUCGAAAAUGUCUUCAUCUGCUGCUAAUUUUGCUCAAUCAGCCAUCCUUCGACGACUUGGUCAGACUUUCUGAUUCUGGGAUUGUGAAUUUGUGGUGCGGCUCCGUAUUGACAUGUAAGCUUAAUAUGUAUCCUCCACCUCCAGUUACUUUGUGCUCAAAACUUAAAACUGUGUAAUUUAGGAUCUCAAUUUGUCUCACUUUUGUAAUUAUUUGGAAUAAAGGAAUUGUCAAAAAGGGUAUUUCAUCUAUUGAUCCUAUUGAUGUGAUUUGCCAGAUUGCAGGGCAAGAAAAUUUUAUGAUUUUAUACCAGUCUGAAUGCUUCUUUGAUGGUCUCUUGACGUUGAUGGUAAUAACUCUUGCAUUUUUUUGUCUUAUUUUAAUUAAAGUACACAAAUUUAUGGUCUGCUUUAUAAUCCAUUUUUUUGUUGAUUGACUGAUAUAGAGUUGAAUCUUCCCUUUAGAUGAGAUGAGGAGAAGGACCCACACUUAGUCACCACUGCCGGGUUAUUUGAGAGCGUGAUAUGGAGGCCCUCGCAAGGACUUCCCGAUAAGUGUUUUGGUUUGCAAUAUGCGGCAUGAAUCAGGGCCCCUGAUUGCAGGAUUAUAUAGUUGAAUUAUCUUUGAUUUGCCUCAGCCAUUUUCUUUAGGAAGAAAUUACCUUUUUGAUACCUUUUAAGCAGCUAAGCAAGAGGUUCUCUUAUAAUAAGAUUUUCAGAAAGUUGAUUAAUGUCUCAUACUCCAGUCCAUAUGUUUAUUUAGUGAACGUUUAUUUUAUGAUAAAAAAGAAUCUAAGAGAAAGAUAUGAGAUGGGUCUUUUUUUCCUGGAUCAUCUAGACUAUUAGUGCUAUUUAAACGGAUGAUUUUACAGAAUCUCAAAACAAAGAAGAAAAGCCGGCGAAAUAAUGAUAGUUUCUUGAAACAAACCGACCAAAAUUAGUGUUUUGUAUUUUUAUCCAUCUAUUUAUAUUUUUGGCGUUUAUAUAAACUGUAGAGAUCUUUGUAUAGUCGCCGUGACUCAAAUUUUUUUCAUUUUCUGCCAUUGGCUUUAUCUGCUUCUCCACUUAUACUCAUUUGUUUCACGAAAGAAGAUUUAGGAGGUCACUUAUUUAAACAAAAAAAAAUUGAAAUUCAUUAAACCCUUUAAUACCGAUUCCGAUUACCGGAGAAACAGUCCCUCCUAGGUUACAAGGGCAAAGAGAAGCUAUACAAACAUUUAAAUAGCUCAGUCUCCUCAAAGACAUUUAAAUAACCUUUUUACUAAAUUUUAAAUGCAUGUAUAAUGUUAACUGUGUGUUCAAAGAAAUAUUACAACGGCUAAAGACCCGACCAACUACAGGUGUUAAUAGAAAUAACUUUACUAUGCAUGCCAUUGCUAAUAGAACCAGAGAUGAUCGCCUUCUAUGAUGAUGCGAACAGAUACAUCUCUAACAUGCCUAUGCAAAUCUGAAAAGCCAAAAAAAUAUAAAUAAACGAAAGGAAUUGUCAACCUAUUAUUAUCUACUACAUAAGUAAAAUAUAAAUGUGGCUAAAAAGUAAAAUAUAAAUAAAAACAAAGAAAAAGCCGGCGAAAUAAUGAUAGUUUCUGGAGACAAACCGACCGAAAUUAGCGUUUUGUAUUUUUAUCCAUCUAUUUAUAUUUUAGUCAUUAUCUCAAUUCAUGAGUUCUUAAACUUGGUUUUAUCAGUCGUCACUGCUAAACUAUCAUCGCUGUAAUGUAGAUUUGGAGUCCGCAUGCUGUCCUCCUCCCAAGGGGCGAUUUCUUACUACAUCUGCUGCAUCUAAAGGCGAGAAGAAACCAGCUCAUAGUGACAACAACGAUGCACCAGCAGUAAAACUGCCAACGGAAAUUGUAGAGAUCUCAAGUGACCCUCGGACAUCGGAAGAAGAUAAAGUUGAAAUUCCAGCCGAUGCGUAUGAAAGCACUAAAAAGGGACGGUUACUAUGAAAGAAGCAACCGUCUCGGAGAUAAAUACGGAAGCUCCCAAGAAAGAAUGCAGCAGCAGGUUGUUACUGUCAGGUAAAAGAGAUAUGGUAAAAGAGACAUAUGUUAUCCUGAUAGUAACUUUACAAUUCAUUGUGAAUAGCUUGUGUGACUGAUAGAUAUGCUCACAUACCCUUAGAAGGAUCAAGUUUGACCAUGUCCACGUAGACUCCAGAUAUUUUCAUCGAGCAUUCUGCUCUGCUUUCCUAAGUGAUCACGGAUUCAAGCAGACACGAAGAAGUCUAUAGUCAAAUAUUUAUGUUUUGUUAGUUAAGACCAAGGGACGUUUAUUUGUGCACUUUUACAAGACAAUUCCCUCACCAACAACUUUAUAUUAAUCAAAGCAUAUUAACUGCAUAUAUUUAUAUACAAAACUCUUUUCUUUACAAUUAUAUACAAACCAAGAUUUCAAUAUAUCUUGCACACGCAUCAACUCAACGCCCAAAGAAAAACAUAAACACAACCUCUUCACUAUCUUCCUACACCAAGCUAACAUUCUUCUAUCUUAUUAAAGCUAACAUACAAUUUAAAUUUUUUCAUGUUGAUUAUUCCAUAAAUGUCCCUAAGUUUAAUAUUGAUCCUAGAUUAUUAUUAGUGGCGUUUUGUCAUUUAACAUAUAUACCUAAUCAUAAUAUAUAUUAAAAAGCAAUUGAAUUUUCCAAAAGGUUUUUAAGCAAAUAUAAAUAUACUAUCUCGAGUCCUAGAAUUACAUUAUCUGAAUGAAACAUAAUAUUAAUUAACUAAAAUACUGCAUCUGUUCUAAAAUAAUAUAUGUUUUAGAAAAAAUGAUUAUUUUAAAAAGAUGUAUCUUUUAUUUUUUUCAAUGCAACUGUUAAUAGAUAGUAAUGGUAAAUUGUAAACUUCAAAAAAAAAAAUUGUAUUUACUAAAUUUUGAUUGGUUAAAAUUUAUAGAAAUAGUUGGUCACAAAAAAAUAUACAUAUUAUACUAAGAUUUAUUAUGUUUUAUUUAUAAGUGUGAAAACCUAAAACAUGUAACAUUUUGAAAAAGAAGGAGUAUAAAACAUAUAAAAUAUAAAACAAUUUCAGGGCUUAACUUUCACACAUCGUGAAUUACAGCUAAUUAUCACAUCUUAUUUAUUUCAUACAUUAGUUAAAUUUUGUUUGAUAGUUAAUUUUUUUUCUUCAUUUACAGUGAUUAUACAAUUACGUUUUAUAAAUUAGUCAUGCAAUUUUUAUUUUUGAUUACGCAAAAAUCUGUAAUAACAAUAGUUAAAUUAAUUACCAAAAAAUAGCAAAACACCAAACAAAAAAUGGGUCAAAAUUAAGUUAAAAUUAUCAAUAUAUAACUAAUAAACUUUUUCUAAAAAAAAACAAAUACAACAAGAUAGGUCAUAUUGUAAUUAAACAUCAAAAUAAAAUGUAUUUAUAGUGAUUAUCCGCGCGUAGCGCGGAAAAAGACUCUAGUAUAUAUAAAUAUGAAAACAAUAAAAUCUAAACCUCUUGACAUUCGAUAUAUCCAUAUUUUUUUAGCAUAAUAUUUUCUAAAAAAACUAAAGUCAAGCGGUAAAUGAAAUAUAAGGUGGGAACAACAUUUCACUAAAAAGUAAAAAAAAAAAAAUUUUUUGAAACACUACUAAAAAGUAAAAUAUUCUAGUAGCUGCAAAAUCCUUCCGCGUGAAGCAUUUAAUAAAUUUUCAAAUGAAAAACAAAAAUAUAGAAUUUUUAAUAUGAAAUUAGAAUAAUUUAUGUGUGGGUUCCAUAUACGCUGAAUAAGAGCCAUACAUAAUGUUCAAUCACUAAAGCAGUAGGCAGUGGGCUAACUUGCAUAGUCUAGGGUGUUAGAUCCGUUGGAUAAACAUGAAUAAGUUAUAAAUUGAUUGUCUUCAUUCAUUACAACACUUACUGCUUGUGUUCAACUAGUCAUUUAGCAUCUGAUCACAUGUUUAAUCUAUUCAUCAAAAGUGUUAUAGGUUGCUAGGCAUUGAAUGAAUGAGCAUUGCAUCCCUAACCAGCGAAAGUAGAUGUUAAGGUGUUUUUUGAACAUAUCGGACUUGAUCUUAAUGUUUGUCAUCGCGUCUCAGUCCAAACGACAGUUUAGGUACUGAGAUCGAUUGACAAAAGGUGAAGCACUAUGACAGUGGACUGAUCUAUCUUAAGUGAUCCGAAUUCUAGACUAGUGCUAAAUUGAACUUGAAUAAUUGUUUGGCUCACGCUUGUUUAGCACCCGAUCAAACCACCCUAGGCUAGCAUUCUUAAUCAUCUAAAAACUAUAAACCAAUCUGUUACUUGCUUGUUACGAUACCUUAAUCUUGAAACCCCCUUAAUUUUUUACCUUAAUAUUGAUCACAUAAAGAUAAAUUGCAACCGUUGGUCUCUGUGGAUUUGAUCCUAAAGUGCUACAUCGAUAUACCAUUCGACUGUGGUAGUGUGACCAUUAGGUUAUUUGGUGUGCGGAUACACGUAAUAUCAAUUUGGCGCCGUUGAUGGGGACUAGCUUUUUACCUUUAUUUUUUGGUAAUUUAUUUAGUCUAAGACCUCUAACUUGCUUUACCCUUUUGCUGCAUCUAAUGAUCCAUGUGCAUGAUCAGUAGACAUACUCGGAGAAACACACAAUGAGAGUAAGUCAAACUUAGGAACCAGGAGCUAGAAAGGUUAGAAAUAACAAACCGUCAACAGCUAAGGCCGACCAACGCCACAAUGGGCGAUUACAGCAAUCUGGAUGAUUUUGCUGCUACAAUGCAAAGGGUGCAGCAACAGAGGCAGCAGACCAUUCAAGCACAGCAACAAGCUGCUCAACAAGCUGGUGAACAGGCCGCGCUACAGCAGGAGCAAACUGCUUCAAUCAGGCAGAGAAACCUUCCGCGUAACUUCCCUACUACGCGCUCUGCCAUUACUCCUCCACCCUGCCUCAGACAGGACUUUGAGAUUAAGCCUCCUUUGAUCGAUAUCAUGCAGAGAAAAGUGUUCAGUGGUCUCCUGACAGAGAUUCCAAUGAAACACAUUGAGAGCUUCGAAAAAGUUUGCAUCUUUACUCUCGCGAAUGGCAUACUACCAGACUACAUCAAGUGAAUGUUGUUCACAUUCUCUCUUGAUGGAAAGGCUGCACGAUGGUUGAACUCUCUCCCCACCGGUUCUCUUACUUCAUGGGAACAUGUCCAAUCAGCGUUCCUAAGCAGUUUCUACACGAAGGCGAGAACAACUGCAUUGAGGAACAAGAUCACCUCUUCCAUACAGCUCACUGAUGAGGCUUUUUGUGACGCAUGGGAGCGUUAUAAUGACUACCGAAGGGAAUGCCCUCACCAUAUAUUUGAUGAUGAUUACUUCCUGCACAUUUUCUAUGAUGGAGUAGACUGGGAAUACCUAAGUUUUCUAAACUCUUCAAGCAAUGGAGACUUCAUGACUCAAACCAUUGAUGAAGCAUUUAAGGUGAUUGAGAACAUGGCAGCUAGCUUAGCCAAUAAGAAUCAGGAGAGCGACCGCUCCAAGAAAUUUAACAGUGUCGACAACCAGAACAUAGAUAAGCUGACAGCCACGGUUGAUCAGCUACUAAAAAACAACCAAGAGAAAUGCUUCAGCAUGGAGGAAGUUACGGCUGGGCAGAUUCAGAACACACAAGAGGUUGCUCCCGAGGCUGAAAAGAAAGAAAAAGAUCAGCAAGGCUUCCCACAGAACUUUCAAGGUAAAACUUUUAUUUUCAGUCAGGCACAAAAUCGGUUUGUGGGUCAGAAUCAGAAUCAGAAUCAGCAGAAGCCUCAGAGCAACCAACAAGUUGUUCCAGCUGCCGGAAACGGUCAACCAGAUGAGCUGAAGGGUCUGGGUAUGAUGAUGCAACAGCUGUCAGAAGGUUCAGGCCAAGGCGUUGUAUCAGGUUACCAGAGACAUCAAUACCAGGUUUAACGAGCUGAGUACCAAGUAUGAUGCGGUUAGCAGCCAUAUGAAGAAGAUCGAUAUUCAGAUUGCUCAAACUGCUGAGACUGUUAAGGGGCAACAAGGAACCCUUCCUGGAAAGAGUGUGAUGAAUCCUAGGGUUGAGCAUUGUAAUGCAACAGAGCUGAGAUGUGAGAAAGCUGAGGAAAAUGAACCGGAGCAACUGUUUUCUGAAACUGCUUUAGGCGCAGAAGAGAGAACAGAGCACCCUACUAGCUCUAAAGUGAUUGUUCCCGACGAACCUACUAAGAUUCCACCAGUGCGAGUUUAUGUUAUUAAGGUUCCAUAUCCAAUUCCACCUAGACAUUUGAUGGAUCACAUUAGUGCAGAGCAGCUUCCUGGAUAUAGGAAGAUGGUGAGAAGGUUUCCUAGAAAGAUCUCAUUUGAACAUGCUUGGGAGAUUCAGCAAUUGCAUAUGUUCUUCAAAAAUUGCAUAGAAACUCGUGAGGAAAUUAAGGCACUCUUUACUGAAGAAUUGACAUCAUCACUGAAGGUAUUGCCUAAGGUUGUUGACCCUGUAAAGUGUUCUUUUCCAUGUACCAUUGCUGGAGUGAAAUUCAAGGAAAUUCUUUGUGACUCCAGGUCUAGUGUAAAUCUUAUCUCAAAGGCAAUUGUUGACGAGCUGGGCAUUGUUGAUGUUGAGCUUUCUCUGGUGACUAUGACUUUUGGAAACUCUUCCACGACAGUUCCUUAUGGCACCUUUUGCAAUCUUCAUGUCCGUGUAGGAGACUGUAUGCUCCAUACUGAAUUUCAGGUUGUUGAGAUGAACAAGGAUCAAGAGAUGGCUUUGAUCUUUGGAAUGUCAUUUAUGGCUACAGUGGGAGCAAUCAUCGACCUGGCUAAUAAGAGAGUAUCUUUCUCCAACUUCAACAAGAAGGUUUUCUACAAGUAUGUCCCAACCAGAUCACAAAUCCGAUACGCCUCUUGCAUCAAAGUGGUUAGUGGAGAACAGCUGAAAAUAUUUUCUAAGAAGGAGCUUGAUGAUAACAGUAGAAUCAAAGAAGUUCUGGAUGGAGAUUCUCACACUGAUACUAAGGAUCUCAAUGGGAAUGCAAAGGUGAAAGAAAAAAUCCAUAAGAAAAGGGUUAAGGGCGACCCUACAAUGAUUUUGAUACCGCGAAAUUGUGAUGAGAAAUUCAUUGAGUAUGAGGUAAAGUGUAAGGGUACCUUUAAACCUUUCUCUUAAGUCAUAUAUAUUCUCACACAUAAGCUGAAAGAGAAAAAGGAAGCUGCUGUAAAAGGGUUGUUGAGCAGAGUAUUGAAGGUGAACAUAUCUGAUUGUGGGGCUUGUUUUGGAACAAGCUCUCAUGCUCAACGCGACUGAUCCCUGUCACCAAAGUCAAACUAGUGACUUAAACCAAACGCUUGGUGGGAGGCAACCCACCGGUAAGUGUAAAUAUAACUUGGUUUUGUUUUUGUUUUGCUUAUUUUCUGUUUUCGUUAUUGAGUCUCAGGUCAAAAAGAAGAAAAAUCCAAGAUACUUCAAAAAUUAUGGGUUGCAGAAACAGAGCACCAUGCCCUCUGAAAAGAGCGACCUCUCCAGGCGAUGGAUCACCCAUGAUUUUCGGAGCAACCGCUCCACUCGGUAAGUAUCUCGACAAAAAAGAUAUCUUUUCUUUUCUUGUUUUACCUUCUCUCUGGUUUAUUUCACACCAGGGACAGUGUGAAGUAAGUCUGGAGGAGGGUUUUCAUCGUUUACUAACUUGUUUCUUUCUUAUGUUUCUCUUUUGAAUCGAUUUGAGUCAAGUUUUAGGAUCAAAUUAGUCAAAACUUUGUGGGAAUUAUGACCUUAUUCAGUGUUGAUCACUAACCACCUCGUGCUUUAGUUAUCUUAUUCAGUGACCUUAGUAGUGGCAAAAGACACACAUGUGAACAUGGAACAACCUGACAUAUCUCAUUUGUAUAACACCCGUAUUUUCAUAAAUAAAAUAAUAAUAAAUAAUCCUGAAAUCUCAAUUUAUUACUCUGCAUAAAUCAUCUCCAAACUCCACAAAUCAAAUAAAUAGGCAUAGAUCCAAAUAGUAUAAUAAAUUGCAAAAAUA